AUGACCACCACACAGAAUACCAACCUAGAAUUAUGGCGUGUGAACUCCACCGCAAGUUUCCUUGUCAACUAUCAUCUUGACAAAGUAGAUGACAAGGAUGACACGGAGCUCAAUAGCAGCCUGAGCAACCUUGCAGUCUUGGUUGAAAAACUGGGCGAUGUCUUCCAUGCCUUGAGAGACCUUAGAAACCAGACUGAGGACGUCUUCGCUGUCAAUCAAGGUACUGUCACCGAUGGGGUUUUCGGUGACUUAAAGGCGAAGCACGAUAGAAGCUUGGCAGUCACAAUUCCAUACACUAAGGAGAUGAGAGAAUACGUCAAUGGUUUGGGAGGCGUUUUCGACGGACAAAAAAAAGGUCCCAGUGUGAAUCAACGUCGGCAAUUACGGCAGAUGGUCGGGAAGGAUCAUAAAAUUGUCAUUGGCGAACUGCCGGACCAUGUCGACCUACACUCAGUCAAUUUGCUCCAGGGUAUACGAUAUAUGGCUGACAUCCGGAAGCUACUUGAUGCGCUCUGGGCGAAACUUGAAGCUAAGUGCGGAUCUUCGAAAGCGUAA